AAUCGAACGUCGCGGAGAACACAACGCUAUAGCGCAGAAUGACGGCCAAGAUUAAGUUGCGGUCUCAGCUGCAUCUGCUGACGGGUUUCAUGGCGGGAUUCAUCUUGGCCUUCGUGCUGCUCCUCUAUGUCUACGAUGUGAGCCGGGUGACGCCUUGUUGGAGCAGUUCCUCUACCAUGUCCACGGUAAUGGGCAGGGCUGAAGAUCUAUCGACCGCGCCGCGAAUACUUUGCAUGGUGCUCACCUGUCCGGAAAACGUGGAGAACUUGGCCCGGGCGGUUCACGAUACGUGGGGCCAGCGGUGCAGCCAACUGAUCUUCGCCAGCAGCGAGGACUACGAGCCACUGGGUGUGGUCAGGGUGGUCGAUCCCAGUAAUGGUGGCUACGAGGAUCUGUGGAACAAAACCAGAGAGGGAUUCCGCUACGUUUGGGAGCACUACGGUCGCGAUUUCGAUUGGUUCCUCAAGGCGGACGAUGAUACAUAUGUGGUCAUGGAGAAUCUACAGCACCUGCUUAGCGGCUUCGAUCCGGAUACACCCGUAUAUUUUGGCUACAAGAUGUCACGAUAUAAUGUGAGUUAUAUGUCUGGCGGUGCUUCGUACAUUCUGAGUCGUCAGGCACUCCAUCGAUUUGUGCAAAAAGCAUAUGGAUCUGAGGUGAUUUGUCCACAGCCAAAAAAGAUGGGCAUCGAGGACUUUUACAUGGGCGUGUGUCUGCAGAAUGUGGGUGUCCAUUUUGUUGACUCAUCACAGUCUUUGGAUGGGGAUACGAAACCAAAGUUUAUGCCUCUGGAUCUUGAGAACUAUAUGUCGGAUGCGAAUUACACUAUUCCGGACUGGUUGCGCCUAAUGAGUUUCUCUCAAGUUGAAACUGGCUUGAGAUGUUGCUCCAACUAUUCUGUGGCUUUUCAUUAUGCCAGUCGCGAACGAAUGCUCCUCUACGAGUUUCUAAUCUAUCACCUCAAAGUGUUUAGUGCUAACCAGAUUUUCGAAAGAAAUCAUAGGAGUCGAUUAAGCUUAUCGGAUUUAAUGGAGCGAUUUCCCCUAGAAGAUAACUCCAAUAUAAAAGACUUGAUACAAAUGUCUGAGAAACCAGAUAAUUUUUAGUUAGUUGUAUAAAUAAAUGUGAUAUGAAUUAAUGAAUAUAAAUAUGGUAUUAAAUAAGCUUGUAAUUAUACCGUGUUCAAUAUGGUCUAUAUUGCGUAUUUCGUAUGUAAACAUUAAAUCAUUUUAGAUUUAUUUUUUUUUGUAAAGUCAAGAACCUGGAGAAUCAGAUACAAAAUAAACGUCCGAAAUAUAUUUAAUUUAAUGUUCUAUCCCAGAGAUACAGAAUUUUUAUAAGUAAAAACA